AUGGCAGAAGCUCGCAAGGUCUUUGGCGAGGUACUAGUAGAUAAUGUACUUUACGAAUCGGCAUUCGUUAUUAAAGAACCUGCUGACAAAUUAGGUCUUGACAUUAAGCCUGUUGAUUGCACCAGAGGACAGGUACCGCAUGUCAGGUUCUGCUGGAGACGUGCAGACUGUAACUUAAAUGAUGUAGGCUGA